AAAGCGGCAUAACCGAUCUUUAUUGCCUUUAUUUUUCAUUUACCAUUUUGCCUUUGCGGGCUUCCGUAGAGGCUCCUUGUUACCAAGGCAGCCAGGAAAAGCUGUGUUAAGAGAAGCUAUGAGCCCCCAAAACGGCUGACUGGGCCCCUGCCAUCAUGGGCACGGCGUCCUCCCUGGUCAGCCCAGGCGAGGUGAUCGAGGACGGCUACGGGGGUGACGGCGGGGAGGCCUGUGAGAUCCCCGUGGAGGUGAAGCCCAAAGCCCGGCUCCUCCGCAGCUCCUUCCGCAGAGGGCCUCGGGCGAUCGGAGCCAGUUUCAAGUCAACGGGAUCCGUGGACCUGGAGUACGCCGCCGAAUAUGAACGCCUCCGGAAAGAGUACGAUAUCUUCCGUGUGAGCAAGAACAACGAGAUCACAUCCAUGCAAAAGAAGGAGGCCAAGCUGGAUGAGGAGAACAAGAGGCUGAGAGCUGAGCUACAGGCUUUGCAGAAGACCUACCAAAAGAUCCUGAGGGAGAAAGACAGCGCUUUGGAGACAAAGUACCAGGCCAUGGAAAGAGCUUCCACCUUUGAACACGACAGGGACAAAGUGAAAAGACAAUUUAAGAUCUUUCGGGAGACGAAGGAGAAGGAAAUUCAGGAUCUCCUUCGUGCUAAGAGGGACUUGGAAUCCAAACUGCAACAGCUGCAAGCUCAGGGCAUCCAGGUUUACUAUCCCAAUGAUUCGGAUUCAGACGACAACCAAACGACGGUGACUGCUGCAGGUACCCAAUGUGAGUACUGGACGGGGGGCGUGCUGGGAAGUGAGCCCUCCAUGGGCAGCAUGAUGCAACUGCAGCAGACCUUCAGAGGACCAGAGUUGGCACACAGCCUCAUCGACGUUGAGGGCCCCUUUGCCAAUGUGAGCAGAGACGACUGGGAUGCUGCGGUGGCUAGUCUGCUGCAGGUGUCCCCUCAUGUGCCUCAGGCCUUGUGGAGCAACACGGUGCGCUGCUACUUCAUCUCCACCCCAGAGACCAAAGCGGAAGUGGACAUUUUUAGCAAGAAACACUCUCCUGUGCUGAGGAGGCUGUGUGAGGCUCUGGGACAUUUCUAUCUGAACAUCUGCUUUCCAGAAGACGACGCUGCCUCAUACGCUUUAGUCCGAAAGCAGGAGAUAGAGAGGAGCUCGGUGUGUGUGCUUCUUAUCAAAUCCACUAUCAGCAGCUCUGUGGUGGAGGACUGCCAGGAGGCGUUUGUGAAGAAUCCGGAUGGCCAUCCUUUAAUACUCUACCUCGGGACUCCAGAAGAUGCUGACCUGUCUGGACCUACAAGGGCACUUCUGGAGAGACUCAACGCUGCAGACAAGGCUGCUAAAAUAAAGGUGUUGGAUCACAGCGGAUCUGCUGAGGACGGGGCUGCCCUCAUUUCUGCUCAGUUGGAGAAAGUCAUCAAACAGGAGUUGCUCGGCCUCGAAGGAGCAGACGCCGACCCAAAGGACUCUGGAAUUGACGAGGGCCGCGAGGAAGACUUGGGCGAUGUCCUGUGGGACCUUCAUGAUGAGCAGGAGCAGAUGGAGUCCUACCAACAGGCUUGCAGCAGCACCAGCUCUCAGCUGGGCUUCCAGAAGUAUGUGGAGCGUCUCAAUGACAUGAUCGCUGCCCCCCCUCCCACGCCCCCUCUGCUGGUGUCGGGUGGGCCAGGCUCUGGGAAGUCCCUCCUUCUCGCCAAAUGGAUUGAACUGCAGCAGAAGCAGACCCCCAACACCUUGUUCCUAUAUCAUUUUGUUGGGCGGCCCUUUUCCUCCAGCUCAGAGCCCGUCCUCAUCAUCAAGCGCCUCACAGUCAAACUGCUUCAACACUUCUGGUCCAUUUCGGGCUUGUCCAUGGAGCCCAGUAAGAUCCUGGAGGAGUUCCCACGCUGGUUGGAGAGGCUUUCAGCGCGUCACCAAGGCAAUAUCAUCAUCAUCAUUGACUCCAUUGACCAAAUACAGCAAGCAGAAAGACACAUGAAGUGGCUGAUUGACCCGCUGCCCGUCAACGUCAGAGUGGUCGUAUCUGUUAACGUGGAGACAUGUCCUCAAGCCUGGAGACUGUGGCCCACUCUCCACUUGGAUCCACUGAGUGUCAGGGAGGUCAGGAAUGUGGUGACUGCAGAGUGCCAAAGCGUGGAUCUCCAACUAUCCAAGGAUCAGGAGAAGAAGCUGGAAAGACAUUGCCGUUCUGCAUCAACCUGCAAUGCUCUAUACGUCACACUGCUAGCAAGGAUGAGCACCAGUAGCUGGUGCUGGUCACUGGAGAAAAGCCUUGAGCAGUGUCUCCAGUGUCAGGACACCUUGGCACUCUACCGCCUUGCACUCAAAAUGAUGCUGGACUCUCUCAGGUCAGACAGAGAGCAAUACUUCAUGAGAGAGAUACUCUGCCUUGUGUAUUCCAGCCAUAAUGGAGUGAGCGAAUCAGAGGUGCUAGAUCUUUUCCCAGAAAUGGAAUUUGUCGUACUGUCGUCACUGCUGUACCAUCUGAGCAGAGUCUGCAUCGUCACCCUACGCUGUGGUCUCAUCAGGUUCCAGCACCUGCAGGCUUGGGAAGCAGUGAGGUUGGAGUUCCUGAGUGGUGGACGCAGCUCUGGUAUCUACAGAGACAAACUGAUCCAGUACUUCAGCCAACACCUCAGUCAUGAUGGUGUGACCUGGCGUGUUGCAGACGAGUUGCCCUGGUUGCUGCAGCAACAGGAGGAAAGAAGCAAACUCCAGCUCAGCCUCCUGAACCUGUUUGUGUCCCAGAACUUGUACAAGAGGGGUCAUUUCUCUGAGUUGCUGGCCUACUGGCAGUACGUGGGUAAGGACAAGAACUCCAUGGCGACAGAGUACUUUGACUCUCUGAAACACUAUGAGAAGAACUGUGAGAGUGAGGACAGCAUGACCAACCUGGCCAACUUGUAUGAGACUUUAGGGCGCUUUCUCAAAGAUUUGGGCCUCCCCAGUCAGGCUGUGGCUCCUCUACAACGGUCACUUGAGAUCAGAGAGACUGCCCUGGACCCAGACCACCCUAGCGUGGCACGCUCCUUGCACCAGCUGGCAGGGGUGUACGUCCAGUGGAAAAAGUACGGCAAUGCAGAGCAGCUCUACAAGCAGGCGCUGGAGAUAAGUGAGAACGCCUACGGGGCUGAACACGCCAGUGUGGCACGAGAGUUGGAGUCCCUCGCAGUGCUGUACCAGAAACAGAACAAGUAUGAACAAGCGGAGAAGCUCAAGAAGAGGUCCAUGAAGAUAAGGCAGAAAACAGCUCGCCAGAAAGGUCACAUGUAUGGCUUCACUUUGUUGCGUCGCCGAGCCCUCCAGCUUGAAGAGCUCACCCUAGGGACAGACUCUGCGGACUGUGCCAAGACUCUCAAUGAACUGGGCGUCCUCUACUACCUCCAAAACAACCUGGACGCAGCUAAGGUGUUCCUGACCCGGUCUCUGGAGAUGCGUCAACGUGUCCUGGGUCCCAGUCACCCGGACUGUGCUCAGUCCCUCAACAAUCUGGCGGCAUUGCACACAGAGAGGCGGGACUACGAGGCGGCUGAGGACAUGUAUGAGAGGGCGCUAGACAUCCGCAAGAGGGCCUUGUCCCCGGACCACCCCUCGCUGGCCUACACGCUCAAACACCUGGCCAUGCUGUACAAGCGCAGGGGGAAGCUGGAGAAGGCGGUGCCCCUCUAUGAGCUCUCGUUAGACAUCAGAGAAAAGAGCUUUGGGCCCAAACACCCCAGUGUGGCCACAGCACUGGUGAACCUGGCAGUGAUCUACUGUCAGCUGAAGAAGCACAGUGAAGCCUUGCCUCUCUACGAGCGAGCACUCAAAGUGUAUGAGGACACUUUGGGACGCUCACAUCCUCGCGUUGGAGAGACACUAAAGAAUCUGGCCGUGCUCAGCUACGAAGAAGGUGACUUUGAGAAGGCGGCCGAGCUUUACAAGCGUGCCAUGGAGAUCAAGGAGGCGGAGCCGUCACUGGUGUGUGGAAAUGCGGCGUCGCGUCACUCAUCCAGCGCUGACACCUUCAGCCUAAGGGGACCUGCCCCCCUCCCUCAAGGCCCGAGUGCCGGACAGUCCAACCCUACAUUCCUCAUCCAAACACCUUCUACAAGUUAUGUCCUCAGGAAGAAGCCCCCUGGUGCGCUGUUACCGGGUGCUCAUAAGGUGGAUAGGGAAUAUCGUGUCCAAAAGGCCCUGUAUUCCGCUGGUUUUCCUGUGCCAAAGCCCCUUCUCCACUGCACUGAAGUUGAUGUCAUUGGAACAGAGUUCUACCUGAUGGAGCACGUUGAGGGCCGGAUAUUUCGGGACCUACGUCUGCCUGGAGUGAGCCCAGCAGAGAGAGCAGCUCUAUAUGUGGCUGCAAUGGAGGUCCUGGCCAAACUGCAUUCACUGGACCUGGCAGCAUUGAAGCUUGACGGCUAUGGCAAAGGAGCAGGCUACUGUAGGAGACAGGUGUCCACUUGGACCAAGCAGUACACAGCAUCCGCUCACAGGGACAUCCCAGCUAUGAAUGAGCUGUCCGAGUGGUUAAUGAGCAAUUUUCCAGCCAAUGAUGAUGAGGUCACACUCGUCCAUGGGGAUUUCAGAGUGGACAACUUGAUCUUCCAUCCCACUGAGCCCCGUGUUCUGGCAGUGUUGGACUGGGAGCUGUCCACCACUGGACAGCCCCUAGCAGACCUGGCCUACUUCCUCAUGCCUCACUACUGGCCCUCAGAACUCACACUACUGAGCACUAUGGGCAGCCUAAAAGGAAUACAAGGUAUUCCCACGGUGGAUCACCUGAUCUCUGUUUACAAGCGCUGCCGAGGGAUCCCGUCUGCUUUCCCACAGUUGAAUUUUUAUUUGGCUCUGUCCUUCUUCAAGAUGGCAGGAAUAGCUCAGGGAGUCUAUGCACGCCACCUACUGGGCAAUGCCAGCUCUGCCAAUGCUGCUGAGUUCGGUCAUUGUGUGGAGCCCCUGGCGGUGUCUGCCCUGCAGCUCAUACAGAGCAGGCCUCUGGCGGCUCCACAGGAAGCCAGGUUGUUUCUGCAGACGCCCAAAGGUCAGGCAGUGCUCCAGCAGGUGAAGGACUUCAUGAGACAGUUCGUGCUUCCAGCUCAGAAGGAAGUUGCAGACUACUACAUCAAACAUGCUCACUCCCCUCUAAGGUGGAGCACCCCCCAAAUAAUAGAAGACUUAAAGGUGAAAGCCAGGGAGGCAGGGCUAUGGAACCUCUUCCUGCCAGCUGCCAGUGGACUCACUCAGCUGGACUAUGCGUUCAUUGCAGAGGAGACUGGGCGUUGCCUCUUUGCACCAGAAGUCUUUAACUGCCAGGCGCCUGACACAGGGAAUAUGGAGGUGCUCCACAUGUUUGGCACAGAGGAGCAAAAGAAGAAGUGGCUGGAACCUCUGCUGAGAGGAGAGAUGCGCUCGUGCUUCUGUAUGACAGAGCCAGGUGUGGCCUCCAGUGAUGCAACCAACAUGGAGUGCAGUCUUCAUCAGGAGGAAGACCACUUUGUCAUCAACGGAGAGAAGUGGUGGAGUAGCGGUGCAGGAAAUCCUCGAUGCAAAGUGGCCAUUGUCAUGUGCACCAGCAGCACCACCAGCACCAACACCAGACAUGGCCGACACAGUAUGGUCUUGGUGCCUUUGGACACUGCUGGUGUCAAGCUGGUCAGGCCACUCACUGUCUUUGGACAAGAUGAUGCCAUCCAUGGUGGACACUUUGAGGUCCACUUUGAAAACGUGCGAGUCCCUGCCUCCAACAUCAUUCUGGGCGAGGGCCGAGGCUUUGAGAUUGCUCAGGCUCGUCUGGGAGCAGGUCGGCUGCAUCACUGCAUGAGAGCUGUGGGUCUGGCUGAGCUGGCGCUGGAGCUGCUGUGUCAGCGUGCCGCCUCCAGGAGAACCUUUGGCAAGAAACUGUACCAACAUGAGGUGGUGGCUCACUGGAUAGCGGAGUGCAGACUCAUGAUAGAGCAGAGCCGCCUGCUGACGCUUUGUGCUGCACACACUCUUGACACGCUGGGAGGACGUGCUGCUCGUAAACAGAUAGCGAUGGUGAAGGUGGCAGCAGCCAGGAUGGCGUGCAAGGUGCUGGACUGUGCUAUACAAGUCCAUGGAGGUGCAGGCGUAUCUGGAGACUUCCCCUUGGCACACAUGUAUGCCUAUGCCAGGACUUUACGAAUCGCUGAUGGACCAGAUGAGGUGCACUUGUCCUCCAUUGCUGGUCUGGAACUGAGGGAUCAAAUGGCCAAGGCCAAACUGUGACAUCAUCACAUCAGCUGUGUUUGACGGACCUGAUGAAUGGACAAAUCCAAUCCUUAUUAGCAAGAGUUGUCAUUAUUGUUAAUUGUUAUUCAUUAACGAAAUCUAAUCUACUUAUGCAAUAAAAUUGACACUAUAAAAAUAAAAAA